AAUUGAAUAAAUUAGGACAAGUGAGUUAGAGAAAGUGUAGAGUAACACCAAUUCCAAUACGAAAUUACGAAUACCAAGACCAAGGCAAGGCUAAGUUUCUAAGUAUGGAUUAGAGACUUAGAGUAACGUUAUGUGUAAUAUGUAUGCAAUGCAAGUGGAAGAAAUGAAAACCGAAAUAAAAAUAAAAAAGACGGGCAGCCAGUUGUAGGAUGGAAGGGGGCGUUGGGUCCCAGUCCUCCAAUUAGAAGGAGAAGGCAAGGGCAAAGGCAAGGCAAAAAGCAACGAGAUCGAUUGAGGAGUCAACUAACUAUGUACAACCCCCACCAGCACCAGCACCAGCACCAGCAUCACCCCCCCCCCCAGCAGCCGCGGCCGCCAUCUUCUGCUUCUUCGUCUUCUUCUCUGGGAGCGGGGUCAAUCCCAAUUGGCCCCCCCAGGGGGAGCGGCCAGCUGAUUCGGUAUGGCUCGGCCCCGGGUUCCUUGCUCUCCAACACCGUCGAUUCCCUCAUCACUUGCGACCUCUCUGCCCUUGGCGGAUCCCAUCCCCUCUCCCACUAUCAUCAUCAUCAUCGCUACUUCUCGGCGGCCGGCGAGACCACCUCUUCUUCCUCCGCCACUGCUUCCGAAUCCACCACCUCCUCCUGCAUUAUUAAGCCCCUCUCCGCCGCCAACAACUGCAACAGCUACUGUCUUAACGAGAUAGCCGGAAACUUCGCCGCCUCCUCCAGCGCCACUACUAAUAAUUUGUUCACCAAAACGGGCGGAGCAGGAGCAGGGUCCUUGGUUCGUCACAGCAGCUCCCCUGCUGGCCUUCUCAAUCAUCUCCUCCCGCCAAAUACCACUACCGCUGAUACAACUACCUCCCCUGCUGCUGAAAACGUAAGAACAGUUUUCUCAGUUGCAAGAGGAAUCGGGAGCUAUAAUUCCAAGGGGGUUUCUGAUAGUGGCCAUGGACUAUCUAGGUUGAGUUCUCAGUUGAGCUUCACAAGACAAGAAUCACUCUCUCAUAUAUCCGAAGAAAGUGAAAACGUUGCUGAGGACAUGAGUGCAGAAAAUGGCCACAGAAAAGCUGCUCAUUUUUAUGCCACGGCUGGAACUGGGAUGAGCUCUUGGAGUGAUACAAAUUCCAUUGUGUUUUCUGCUCCAUCAAGCAAACGAGCCAAAAACAUUACUGAUGAUGUGGUCCAUAGCCUUGACACUGUUGAAUCACAGUUCGGCUUGCCUCAGACAGCUCUAGAGAUGGCUUCAAUGGAUAAGUUACUACAAAUCCCUCAAGACUCCGUCCCUUGCAAAAUUCGUGCCAAGCGUGGUUGUGCCACUCACCCUCGAAGUAUUGCCGAAAGAGAGAGAAGAACAAGAAUAAGUGGGAAAUUGAAGAAGCUUCAAGAUCUUGUCCCUAACAUGGAUAAGCAAACAAGCUAUGCAGACAUGCUGGAUUUGGCAGUUCAACAUAUCAAAGGCCUCCAAAAUCAGGUUCAGAAGCUUCACAAGGAACUGGAGAAUUGCACGUGCGGAUGCAAGCAAACCAAGGAAGACUAGUGAAUGAGCAAACGGCCAAACAGGUAAGCAGAUCAUUCAAGUUUGAUGGCAUGGCGUGGCGUGGCACGGCUUGGCUUUGUUAUUGUGAUCCAGGCCCAAGGUAGCUUCAGAAGAUGACCCCAAUCUUUAUGUGUGUACAUAAAGAGGCAACAUUUUUCUCUUCUUGUUGUCCAAGUAUAAGACCAUUUUCUCUUUCUGCCACAAAUAUGAAUGCUAAUCCUGAUUUCUGCUUCUGAACUGUAAUUCUGUGAAAUAUUUGACUUGUAUUUUUCUUCUUCUUUUUCUUUUUUGUUUUUGUUUUCUUGGGUACUUGUAUUUUGGUUUUAACUUGAAUUACUUUUUAUUGAAACUAAAAAUAAAUAGUCACAGCAAUUGCUAA